CUUCCGUUCACGAACUCAUCGGAAGUGGUUUGGUUAAACAAAUUAAAAAAUAUUCGACUCUUCCCCAAUUUGGGUCCGUGGAUCCGUGAGCAGAGGUUGAUGGAGCAAGUUGUAGAGUUAGAUGACUCUACCCCAAAUAUAAGGCACUAGGGUGAGCGUAGAGUCCUAAAGGCCUUUAGGACUCUAGGUGAGCGUUGCAUCUGCACAGAAAUUCUCAUACUGACAGCGCAGCUGUUCCGUACUGCCAACCUGGCAUGUCAAACAUGUGACCGAACCCUUUCUUUACUGAUGGUUUAUCCGUGGUUUAUCGGGUUUUGUAGGGAGAAAAAAGCCAAAUUAAGUACAAAAAUAUAUUAUGUUUGUUUAAAGACAAGAGUAUUGUAGUUUUCAAAAUUGAAAUCGAAACUUUUACCGGAAUGUCAAGGUGGCAGGUUGCAUGUUGAGAAGAGAAAGUUUCUCUUAAAUUUGUAAACAAGAUUUGGCUUGUUUGACAACAUCCUUGUACUGUCAGUACCCGUGACAGCAGCCUGUUAAUUUUCGCGACAGCGAAUCACCCAAUGUCAAGAGUACACUAUGGUACAAACAAGAUCCUCAAGCCGUGCGUCUUCCAAUCCAACAGCCAAUGGUGGGUAUGCCAAUGGUGCUUCCACUAACGGAGUGUCCACCUUCAAGAAAUCAGCCUCUUCUUUGACUGCGACUUCAAAGAUGAAAGCUGACAAUCUUUCUAACGGAAAUAAUUUGACCAAGAGAACAUUUUCGAAAGAUCAGCACCUUACUGAAACUGUGAAUGGGAAAGCAAAUGGAACUGCAAAGAAAGCAGAGGAUGAGACAGACUCCUGCCAGAAUGAGAAAACCCAUCCAAUGGUUUAUGUGGUGUUUGUAUCAUUGUUAUUGGAUCUGUUGGCCUUCACAAUGAUCUUACCACUUUUCCCCUCAUUGUUGGAUCAUUAUCACAAAAACGAUGGGCCAGAUGGUUUGUACCAAAGGAUUCUACAAAUUGUCAAGUACUUCCAAAAUUUUGUUGGUGCACCUGAUCAGUUCAACUCAGUUCUCUUUGGUGGUUUUCUGGGAUCCAUGUUCAGUUAUUUGCAGUUUGUAGCAUCACCUGUUGUUGGAGGCUUGUCAGAUGUUUAUGGACGCAAAGCUGUUCUUGUGACAUGCCUGGUUGGAAUCGCUUCCUCCUAUGCAUUGUGGGCAGUAUCCCACAGCUUCCUUCUGUUUGUCCUGGCACGCUUUAUUGGAGGGCUCAGCAAAGGAAACGUCUCUUUGUCAAUGUCAAUUAUGGCUGAUGUAUCAAGCAACAAAGCAAGAGGGGUUGGAAUGGCUCUAGUGGGUAUAGCCUUUUCUGUAGGCUUCAUUGUUGGGCCUGUGAUUGGUGCAGUUUUCUCAAAGUGGGCUCAAGCUCAGACUGGCGCUUGGUUCGUGUGGCCUGCAAUGUUUGCUCUCUCUUUGUCAGUUGCUGACAUUCUUUUUGUUGCUGUUUGCUUCAAAGAGACACUUCCUAAGGAAAAAAGAGCCACAUCAGUUGCAAGUAGCCUUUCACAGGCUGCAUCUUAUAUUUUUAUUUUAGACUUGUUCAGAUUUUCUGCUGUGAAAAAUCUUCCAACGAAAGAUUUGAAGGAACUUCAGCGACUGGGUGUUGUGUAUUUCAUCUACUUGUUCCUUUACUCUGGAUUGGAGUUCACUCUAACUUUCCUGACUCACCACAAAUUUGCCUACACAAGAAUGCAGCAAGGAUGGAUGUUCUUUGCUAUUGGAUUAACAAUGGCAGUACUUCAAGGAUCGUUUGUACGACGUGUGCCUCCUUCUCGAACUAAAUCUACUGCAGUUCUUGGACUACUUUUGAUCAUACCCUCAUUUGUGUGUGUUGGACUGGCUACCACAAGUUUCCUACUCUAUGUUGGAGUAUUUCUUUUUGCUGUUUCUACAUCCAUGGUUGUUCCCUGUAUGACGACUCUGGUGUCAAGACUGGGAGCAGACCACCAGAAAGGAACUGUCAUGGGCAUUUUCAGAUCACUUGGCGCAUUAGCUCGAGCAGCUGGACCCAUUGUAGCUUCAUGUGCUUAUUGGAGUGUUGGAUCAUCGACAACCUAUUUGGUUGGGGGAGCUUUGUUAACUGUGCCCUGGUUCAUGCUUAAGAGAAGUCUCCUUGAGUGAAAUGUUAUGAACUUGUAAUUAUCAGUAUUACUUAUAUGACAGUAUCCCGUAGGUAAAAUAGUAAAUAGGCUGGGACAAAAAUGUUCCAAAGAUUAGGGCAAAGAAAUACAAUGAAACUUUUUGUUUAGACCAAUAUUUUGCUUAUUUUGGUAAAAGACUUAUUUUUAUUUAAGGACAUUCUGUUGUGACUUUUUUGUGAAUUUAUUUAAGCCCUUUGUCUUUAGUACCUGACUGGCAUAAUGUUCUUUUUUUUUUGUCAACGGUUGUGGUUACAUCCAUAUUUUAUGGUAUCAAUGACUAGAUUUUAAUGUAUGCAGCGUUGUCUCUUAAAAAGGUGCAAUCACCGAAUUAAGAUCCUCACAAAUCAGUAUCUUCUUCCUGCUUCUAUCACUUAUUUAUUAAAUGAGGCACUUGAAGUGCCUUUUCUUAUAUAGUGAGGAGCUUUCUGUAAACUGGUCAUGAAGCUAUCCAAAAUGAGUCUAUAGUUUGCAACUGCUUAUAAAUAAUAAUGUGAAUGAGCUAUGAGGAACUGCUAUUAUAGUACUGUGAGUAUACUAAGUAUGUGAGUGUCCGUCCAUUAGAUUAUUAUUUAUUCUUUUUUUUUUGUGGGUGGCUUUGAGUCUUUGACAAUGAAAUAGGACAUAGGUAACUGAAACAAACUAUACUGUGAUUUUUAAACUUCUUUCCUUGUAAUCAUGUACUGUCUUUUUCUAUUUUUACAAGCAGCAUUGUAAGCUGUGUCAAAUAAUUUCAUAACAUGAAGUUUUUCUUUUUUUUUACAAAAUAUUUCUUAUUGUAGGUAACAGGCAUGCUAUUCAAUCAAGUUUUUGACUUCUGCUUUUAAUCAGUGUGGUACUUACGAAUUCCUGUCACAAAUCUUUUUCUUAUGCUCAUCCACUUCAUUUCUUCAACUUUUGAUUUUAAAAAAACUUUAUGACAGUGCCAUUUUUUUUUACAUAUUGACUCAUCUAGAGUAAGUCUUUGUUUUUCUGAAAAAAUUUACUUAUAUUAUUUUUGUCAGAAAGCUAAAAUAACAUGUAUGUCCUGGGUCUUGCAUCUUGCAUUACAGGUGCAGAGUUAAGUCAAUAAAUCAUUAUGAAAAACAUAA